AUGUCCCAGAAAGGACAGCCGAUGCCGGUCGGCUUCGCUGGCUUCCCCGCAUAUUCCAGCACAUACGACCAUAGGGUGUGGAAAACAGGGCUUCCCGUCCGCUCAGCCGUACUUAAGCCACACGCCGGUGAGUUAGUAGUUGGGUGGGUGACCACCAGCGAAUCCUCACUGUUGUAUGUUUUUGUUCUCUCUUUUUGA